AUGUGUCGCAAUCAAACGCCACGUUACUGGUGCUGUCAUAUCCCCGGCAGAAUUGACGGCAUUGACCCAAGCGAUCGAAUCAUUCCUGAUACCCCAACACCAGCUCCAGAUUGCAAUGGAAAGGGUUCGUCCGGUCCCUCAUACCGCGAACGCAAGCGCAAAUAUUUUCAGCAAAAACAAUUGUGUCCGGAUUGCACCAAUAAGAUCAAUCGAUACCCUCCAGUAAAAAAAGAACUCAAGACCUGGAGCAAAGAAAUUUUCUAUCAAAAAGUUACCAGCGAAGUUGUGGACUUCUUGAAUGAUAGAAGGAGGGAUAAUGGUGAACUGGCAUUGAUGGAUAGUGAAAACCUUCAAAUUCGGGACAGUGUAGAGAGACAUUUUUAUAUUGCGAUUGAGCAGCCAUAUUAUGCAGACUUGUUUGCCUUCCAGUUCGAAUACUUCAGGAAUGAUGAAUUUCUUCGGGAGGUCAAGCGGAGAGUUUUUUCGGAGAAAGAGAAUCAAAUUGCUGGGAAGGACGUUUAG